AUGCAUAAUUCCCUCAUUUUAUUACUGCUUUUCGCGAAAAGCGCUGAAUUUCUGUUUUUAUGGGGUUGGUUUCAGGUUUGACAAGGGGAAAAUCUGAAUUUUAGAGCCGCGCACGUUGAAAUGCGAGAGAUUCGAUUGUUUUCUGCUGAAAAAUGAGCAGGAAGGACUGAAAGAGGCGCAAUGCCGAGAAGGUUCGGAAAAAUUUGGGCAAACUCGCUCUACCAUAGAGUGCGGUAGAGCGCGAUUGCCAGACUUCUCCCAAUAUUGUCAAAUCACUUUCUCUUUUUCAAGAACCUGAUGGAAAACACAUAUGCAAUUUGGAAUGCGACGGAGCCGACCGAGACAGUGUCAUCUCCAAGAAACCGACAGAUUUCCGACACUGCAAUCGGUAAGACAAAAGACCGAAAAAGUUCGAUAGAGCGCGAUUUGUUUGCAGAUUUUUCACCUACAACACUCGGAAAACGUCGACCGGCGAAUGGUGGCUCUGGCGGAAUUCCACGUGUGCCGCGUCGAACAUCACUUUGUCUGUUCAUUGCGCUUUUCCGGUUAACGGACAAUAA